AUGGAUUUCUUCAAAGUUAAAAAGUUUAGAAAAGCCCAGAAACCAAACCCAGAAAAUGUUUCAGAGGACAAUCCUGUGCCACAGCUGGAGGAACCUAGGAAGGAGAGUGGUGAUGAUUUUGGUAAGUCAGCUAAUGCUGAUUCUAUAGUUGAGGCCGAGGAUGAUGAUGAUGAUUUCAUAACAGAGGAGGUCAAGCGGAGGUUAAAAGAAUUGAGAAGGAAUAGUUUUAUGGUGUUGAUUCCAGAAGAAGAGUCAUUCCCGGAAGAGGACGAAGAAGAAGAGCAUGGUGAGACCAGCUCUAACGAGUGGAGGGAUGUAGAAGCAGAAGGCCGGCAAUGGUGGUGUGGCUUUGGUGCUGUAUAUGACAAGUACUGCGAGAGAAUGUUGUUCUUUGAACGGAUGAGUGCGCAGCAUCUUAAUGAAACUGGUAUCCAAACCCCUACAACUCCAUCACCAAGAUCUGCAUCUAAGAAGCUUACCUCCCCUUUUCGCUGCCUUUCUUUGAAGAAGAUUGAAGAACCUGAUGAUGAGACUGAGCAUCUUCAGCAGCCAGAGAAUGAUCCUUAUCAGGAUAUUGAGACAUCAUAUGUAGCUCAAAUUUGCUUGUCUUGGGAGGCACUGCACUGUCAGUACACUCAACUGAACCAGCUAAUCACAUGCCAACCUGACAAUCCCAACUGUUAUAACCACAGUGCUCAACAGUUUCAACAAUUCCAGGUUUUAUUACAAAGGUUUAUUGAAAAUGAACCUUUUGAGGAGGGCCACAGGGCUGAAAUUUAUGCUCGCACUCAGAGACAUCUGCCUAAAUUACUCCGGGUCCCUGAUAUACAAAGUCCAGUUAAAAAAGGAACGGAGGAAGAAGAAUCAGAUUAUAUGGUUCAUGCCCCUGAUCUCAUCAAGAUUAUUGAAACCUCAAUCCUCACUUUUCAGCUUUUUGUGAAGAUGGAUAAGAAAAAAACAAGCUCCGUUCUUAACUUGUUUGGGAAUCAAAACCAGGCUGCCACCCCACUUCAGCAGAUUCAGUCUUCUCUUGAGAAGAAAUGGAUGAAACUAAAGGAACUGCGGAACAAGAGGAAAGGCUGGAAGAAGAAAUCCUGGCCACAAUCACAAGAAGAUGUUCAGCUUUUGUUUAGCCUCAUUGAUGCCAAAGUUUUGUCGAGGGUUCUGCGGAUGGUGAGAAUAAGCAAAGAGCAGCUGUUUUGGUGUGAGGAAAAGAUGAAAAAACUAGAUUUAGUAGACGGCAAGUUGUGGAGAGACCCCUCUCCCACCCUUUUCCCUUGUUAA